CCAUUACAGAACAAUAAUGACUCUCAUCAUCAUUUUUAUCUCGAUACUUGCAGCAUUUUAUCAGGAGUGCAGAGGACAGGUCACCAUCACUCAGACACCGGCAAUAACAGCAGCCCAUGGAACAGACGUGAGAAUAAACUGCAAAGCCAACAGGCCGGUGCAUAAUAAUGACUUCAUGGCUUGGUACUUCAAGAGAUCUGGAGAAGCUCCUAAGCUACUCGUAUACCGUGCAACACAUCGCUUCACUGGAGCUUCAUCUAGAUUCACAGGGAGUGGACAUGGAGCAGACUUCACUCUGACCAUCACUGGAGUCCAGUCUGAAGACGCAGGACAUUACUUCUGUCAGAGCGACCACACUGGUGCAAUAAUCACACAGUGAUAAAGAGCCGUACAAAAACCUCCUUCACACUGCACUGAUACAGCUGAG